AUGCCUACAUCAGAAAUAGACGACAUUUUUGCUGCCAAAGGAAAGGCGAAAGCCAUAGAACUUGCUCCCCUUCCAUCCCUCAAGAAGGAGAAAAAGAAGAAAAGAAAAGACAGACCCUCCACCAGCGACAAAACGAAGGAGAUCAAUCAAUCUUCAGAAUCAAAAACACUGAAAAAACGACCACUUCCCGAGACUAUUGUAGAUCCAUCAUUCAAAUCUUCCAGCAGUAGUAAACGUCCAAAGUUGGAUGCCCCAGUUUCUUCACAGCGUGAAAAGGUUUAUCACGAGACGCUCAAAGAGGACGAAGACCGUUUCAAGGAUUCGAGGGGUUCUGGACCUAGACGAAAAACUGACGAUGGUUUCAACAUAUACAAGGAAGAUGAGCUAGGUAUAUCCAAUACCGGAGGAGAUCUUCGUCCGUCUCUAUGUCAUAACUACAAAUUUGACAACAGCGCCGGGGAACACAGUUAUCCCGCACAUAUUGGUAUCGGCUCUUUCGAAGCCUCCCAGUUAGCCUUCCGAGGUCAUGAUCUGAGGGGGUCAAUGUGUAGCCAACAGUGA